GGCAACAUCAUCCUAUCUUGAAGGAAGGCUAGGUUGUGGAUGGCUUGCUAAAUAAAAUCCACGAAUUUACAAAAGAUAUUGUGAAGAGCAUUUACGUGUUUGUACUCAGAUUUUGUGAUCGCUGAGCUUCUACUCUUUUGACAAAUGAAUAAUGGAUAAAAUUCCUAGAACUCACGAAGCUAUUGAAGCUCAGAUUAGAGAAAUCCAAUCAAAGAAGAAUGAACUGCCAGAAAAUGGUGCAAAUAAGGGAGUCUCUCUGGGUGAGACGUACUAUGAUAGUGACAUCUAUGACAACGCGGGAACGGGUGGGAAGUCCAGAUAUGAUGGUUAUGUGACAUCUAUUGCGGCUAAUGAUGAAGUAGAAGAUGAUGAUGUUGAAAAUGUACCAAUCACUCAGAAGAGAUCUAGUGGAUACACCGCUCCUGCUUCUCUGUUAAAUGAUAUUGCUCAGACUGAUAAAGAUUAUGACCCUUUUGCUGACAAAAGAAGGCCUACCAUCGCUGAUAGAGAAGAUGAGUAUCGUCAAAAAAGGCGAAGGAUGAUUAUAUCCCCAGAGAGAACUGACCCAUUUGCUGAAGGUGGAAAAACUCCUGAUGUAGGGUCCAGGACAUAUACAGAGAUUAUGAAAGAGCAAUACUUGCGGGCGGAAGAAACUGAGUUACGAAAAAAGUUGUUGGAGAGAGCUAGAGAAGGGACCUUGAAACCAGUAGCCCAGUCUAAUGGCGAAACAACAAAACCGGCUGCUAAGCGCAAGGGACGAUGGGAUCAGAGUUCUGAAGACACACCAGUGGCUAAGAAGACUGUUUCUGCUACACCAACUUCUCAAACAACUCCGUCAUGGGAUCAAGAGAGAGGUGCUUGGGAAGAAACCCCAAGUGCACCUGGCCGUGGUGGCGAAACCCCCGGCGCGACGCCCUCAGCCCGAGUGUGGGACGCCACUCCAGGACAUAUUACACCUGGUCAUGCUACACCUGGCAGAGAUACUCCCGCGCAGCACGCCUCUAGACGUAACCGGUGGGAUGAGACCCCUAAAACCGAUCGAGAGACUCCUGGACAUAACAGCGGCUGGGCUGAAACUCCUAGGACAGACCGCGGCACCGGUGUGGACACUAUUCAGGAGACGCCAACACCAGGCACUAAGCGCCGCUCGCGCUGGGACGAGACCCCGGGCGCUACGCCGGCCGCCGCCACGCCCACGCCUUCGCACGCUACGCCGUCUCAUGCUACACCGUCACACGCUACGCCCUCGCAUGCUACGCCUACUCCACAUACUCCGAUGUUUACUCCGGGAGGAUCUACACCAGUGGGAAUAAAAGCGAUGGCUAUGGCUACUCCAACUCCCGGGCACGUCGCCGCAAUGACACCAGAACAGCUGCAGGCCUAUCGUUGGGAGAAAGAAAUAGACGAGCGUAACAGACCCUACACUGAUGAGGAGUUAGAUGCCAUGUUCCCACCUGGGUACAAGGUUUUACCGCCCCCUGCCGGUUAUGUUCCGAUUCGGACCCCAGCCCGAAAGCUGACCGCAACUCCUACUCCACUGGGUGGUACCCCUAUCGGCUUUUUCAUGCAGACGGAGGAACUGGGAGGGUCGGCCGCGGCGGCUGCGCGCCUGCUCGACCCGCAGCCCAAGGGUAGCCAGCAACUGCCCUUCAUGAAACCAGAAGAUGCACAGUACUUUGAUAAACUGCUCAUUGACGUCGACGAGGACGCUCUCUCCCCGGAAGAACUAAAAGAGAGGAAAAUCAUGAAAUUGCUCCUGAAAAUAAAAAACGGUACACCACCAAUGUGCAAAGCUGCACUUCGUCAAAUAACGGACAAGGCUCGUGAGUUUGGCGCAGGACCAUUAUUUAAUCAAAUUCUUCCGCUACUUAUGAGCCCUACUCUGGAGGACCAGGAAAGACAUUUACUCGUCAAAGUUAUUGACAGGAUUCUGUAUAAGUUAGAUGAUCUUGUCCGUCCUUAUGUACAUAAGAUUUUAGUGGUUAUUGAACCUUUGCUGAUCGACGAAGAUUACUACGCGCGUGUUGAAGGUCGAGAAAUUAUAUCAAAUUUGGCUAAGGCUGCUGGUCUCGCGACUAUGAUCUCCACAAUGAGACCUGAUAUUGACAACAUAGACGAGUAUGUCCGUAACACAACUGCUAGAGCUUUUGCUGUUGUCGCGUCUGCUUUAGGUAUUCCAUCACUGCUACCAUUCUUAAAGGCCGUGUGCAGGUCGAAAAAAUCCUGGCAAGCUAGACACACUGGUAUAAAAAUUGUGCAGCAAAUCGCUAUCCUCAUGGGCUGUGCUAUACUACCGCAUUUGAAGUCUUUAGUAGAAAUUAUUGAACAUGGCUUAGUUGACGAACAACAGAAAGUUCGUACCAUCACGGCUUUGGCAAGUGCUGCUCUUGCGGAAGCUGCUACGCCGUACGGUAUCGAGUCGUUCGACUCCGUGCUCAAACCUCUCUGGAAGGGUAUCAGGACCCACAGAGGAAAGGGUCUGGCCGCCUUUCUUAAGGCCAUUGGUUAUCUCAUCCCACUUAUGGAUGCUGAAUAUGCCAACUACUAUACUCGUGAAGUGAUGCUUAUCCUAAUUCGUGAGUUCCAGUCUCCUGAUGAGGAAAUGAAGAAGAUUGUAUUGAAGGUAGUGAAACAGUGUUGCGGUACAGAUGGUGUGGAACCCCAGUACAUUAUGGAUGAGAUUCUACCACACUUCUUUAAACAUUUCUGGAACCAUCGCAUGGCUCUUGAUCGCCGUAAUUAUCGCCAACUCGUAGAUACCACAGUAGAAAUUGCUAAUAAAGUUGGAGCUUCAGAAAUCAUUAACAGGAUUGUAGAUGAUCUCAAAGAUGAUAAUGAGCAGUACAGAAAGAUGGUAAUGGAAUCUAUUGAAAAGAUUCUAGCUAAUUUAGGAGCAGCAGACAUCGAUUCGAAACUCGAGGAAGCUCUUAUUGACGGUAUACUGUACGCAUUCCAAGAACAGACAACUGAGGAUGUUGUAAUGUUAAACGGAUUCGGCACGAUCGUGAACCAGCUAGGGAAACGUGUGAAACCGUAUCUGCCACAGAUCUGCGGUAUCAUUUUAUGGCGCAUGAACAAUAAGUCUGCGAAGGUCCGUCAACAAGCCGCCGACCUUAUUUCACGUAUUGCUGUUGUUAUGAAGACGUGUCAGGAGGAAAAACUCAUGGGCCAUCUUGGCGUCGUACUUUACGAAUAUCUUGGUGAAGAAUAUCCAGAAGUACUUGGUUCUAUACUCGGGGCAUUGAAAGCUAUUGUGAAUGUCAUUGGUAUGACGAAAAUGACUCCACCCAUUAAAGAUCUCUUGCCAAGACUUACACCUAUUCUUAAGAACAGACACGAAAAAGUACAAGAGAAUUGUAUUGAUUUAGUUGGACGUAUUGCUGACAGAGGACCGGAGUUCGUCUCAGCAAGGGAGUGGAUGAGAAUAUGUUUCGAAUUGCUUGAGUUGUUAAAGGCACAUAAGAAAGCAAUCAGAAGAGCGACUGUAAACACGUUUGGUUACAUCGCUAAAGCGAUUGGACCUCAUGACGUAUUGGCGACUUUGCUCAACAACUUGAAAGUACAGGAGAGACAGAAUCGAGUUUGUACAACAGUGGCCAUCGCUAUAGUAGCUGAGACUUGCUCGCCAUUUACAGUAUUACCAGCCCUCAUGAACGAGUACAGAGUACCAGAAUUGAAUGUACAGAAUGGUGUACUCAAAUCAUUAUCAUUUUUGUUUGAAUAUAUUGGAGAAAUGGGCAAGGAUUACAUUUACGCGGUUUGUCCAUUGCUUGAAGACGCUCUUAUGGACAGGGAUCUGGUCCAUAGACAAACAGCUUGUGCGGCUAUAAAGCACAUGGCGCUGGGUGUGUACGGGUUCGGAUGUGAAGACGCUUUAGUGCAUCUACUGAAUCACGUGUGGCCCAACAUUUUUGAAACAUCGCCGCAUUUAGUUCAAGCCUUCAUGGACGCCGUGGAAGGAAUGAGAGUCGCGCUUGGUCCUGUUAAAAUCCUCCAGUAUGCACUCCAAGGCCUAUUCCACCCCGCAAGAAAAGUACGUGACGUCUAUUGGAAAAUUUAUAACACCUUGUAUAUUGGAGGGCAGGACGCGUUAGUUGCGGGAUAUCCCAGAAUACAAAACGAUCCAAAUAAUCACUACCUAAGAUAUGAACUAGAUUAUUUGCUCUAACUUUAUAUUUUUUGGAUGAUGAUAUGUCAUGGAAUAGAUUUUACUUGUUUCUAUUUAAAAAUCUUUCACCAUAGAACAUGAGCCACUACUAAUAACAACAAUAUUGAUAAUAAUAUUUGUUUUCGUGUGUGCAUAGUAUUGUCAAAGUAUAGGUCCAUAAGACAUCAAUCCAUUAGUAAUUAAAUAAUACAAAUGUAAGUAUGGCUUUUGCUCUAAGAAAGAACUCCAUUUAUUCGAAGUAAACCAGGUGUUCAGUUAAUAAAAAGGCAUUAUAAUUA